AUGUUUGAUAUUUUUCAAGAAUGUCGUCGUCUUAUAAGUUUAGUUGAACACUUAACUGAACAACGUAAAGAAGUUAUUGAAGUAAUGCGAACAGUAAAUACUACUGUAAACGAAUUAAUCCUUUCUUUACAAACUAAUAAUCCUCCUAAACCUGAAAUUAAUAAUGGUCGUCUUAGAAUAGAACAAUCCAAAAUUACCGAUAUAUUAGAAGAUCAAAAACAACUUCGUAAAUCUUUUAAUGAUCAUACUCGAUCUUCAUCUUUAACGAUUACAGUUGACGAUAAUAAUAAUAUUUCAUCAUCAAGAAGAAAAAGUUUUGAAAGUAGUAUAACGAAUUCUACUACAAAUGCUAUUGAUACUACUAAAACUAUUGCUACUCAUAAUAAUAAUACAAAAAGUGAGAAUGAAACAUAUACAGAUUUAUUAAAACGUCAAGAUCGUGAAUUAAAUAAAUUAAAACAAAAAUUCGAUACGUUAUUAGAAUUAUAUCAAUUAGAUACAUCUUCGAAAUCUGAUUCUAAAACCACUAAAAUGAGAUUAAGUUGCGCAUUACAAGCUUUCAUUAUAACGAGAUUAAAUGAACAAUUAGAAGGUUAUUUCUCUAAUUCAUCCUCGAAUAUCACUUUAACUACAACUUCAUCAAUAACAUCAUCAAAAUUACCUUCAUCAAUAAUUUCAACAACAUCAAUACCUUCAACAACAGAUUCAAUUUCAUCACCCACUUCAACAAUAACAUCAAUGGAUUUGAAUAAUAAUAAACUUAUGAAAGAUUAUGAUGAUGAUAAUUUAGAAUUAGAUAUCGUUGAUACCACUGAUAAAUUAUUAUUGUUAUUAAAGAAAUUUAUACAAGUAAGAACGAAUAAUGAAGAAUCAAUUAGAAAUGUACCUAAAGAAAUUAAAAGGAUAAUAUAUGAAAUGUUAAGUGAAUAUGCGUUCUCUAAAAAUCCCUCUAAAAAUAAUUUAUCAUCACUUACCCAACAACUGAUAAACUUUUUAGAUCAAUAUCGAACAAUUCAUCAACCACCAGAAAAAAUAUUCAAAAUAGAAAAUAAUGCAAAAAGGAUUAUCGAAGAAUUUAUUUCAAUUAUGUGGUUUAAAUUAAAAUCAUUAGAUCCUAUACCUCAAAUUCGUUAUUACCCUAAAGGAUCCGGUGUUGAUGUCAUCCUUGGUGUUAACUAG